CAAAUACUCAUUCUCUCUAAUCGCCCGGUUACCCAUUCUUAAACCUAAAACCCUAAUUCGAAGUGACAAUCAUUCAUCUGUUUCUCAAUGUCUCACAAGGGUUUGGGAAAAACCUUAUACAAUCAGAACGGUAGAGAAAUCACAACGGCGAAUCAAUAUGGAUGUAGGAGAGGAUAGGAUUAGUAAACUGCCUGAUCCUUUAGUUCAUCAUAUACUCUCAUUUCUUCCAACCAAAACUGUUGUUUCCACUAGCAUUUUGUCGAAAAGAUGGAAGAAUAUCUGGGUAUCUGUUCCAGUCCUUGAUUUUCAUAACUGGGAACCUCCUAGAAUAAGGUCUGGACAUUAUGAUGAAUACGCCAUUACCUUGGAGACGAAUAACUUCAUGGAUUUUGUGGAAAGGGCAUUGGUUCUUCGCAAUAUGUUAAAUAUACACAAGUUUUGUCUCGAUUGUGAAAAUGGGUUUUUCGACCAUAAGCGGGUGAAUGCGUGGAUCACUACAGUGAUGAAAUGUCAAGUUGAAGAGUUCAUUUUUAUUUCAUUUGUGUUUCAGCUCCUAGACUCAAGUCCUUCACUCUAGUUGGUUGUUACUGUAGUAAUAUGGAAGAUAUCAAGGUCAAGAUUGAUGCACCAAAUCUUAUAUCCUUCACUUUCUGUGAUAAGCUACCGGAAGAUUUUGUUGUGGAUAGUUUUCCAUUGCUACAUGAUGCAGAUUUAUACUAUAACUAUGGUGACAUAGAGAGCACAUUUGGUCCAUUAUCGAAGUUUAUAACGAAGCUCUGCAAUGUAAAGCUCUUGAAAAUAUCAGGUGCUUACUUUAAGAUUCUGAAGCUCCCAAAGGUCAUGUCUACAAGUUUCCCUACCUUUCAUAAUUUGAUCCGUUUGGAAGUGUAUGAUAUUCGAUACUUGCAAAGGAAAACAUUACUGAACUUUCUAGAUUUCUCGCCAAAUUUGGAAUCACUCGUCAUUAAUCAGGUCGAAUUUAGUGGCAAAGCCAAAGAGAACACUUUGACAUUUGAUAAAGUGCCUCACUGUUUGGUAUGCCUCAAGUCAUUCAAAAUUCGGAAGUUCAAUGGAUACCCAAAGGAGCUGGAGAUGGUUAAAUUCGUUCUGAAGCAUGCAAGAGUUCUUGAAAUGGUCAUUAUGGAAACUUCAUAUACCGUGGAAAAUUACAUGGGUGUGCACAAUAAGAAGAAGAAUCUUAAAGCUAAGGAGGAAGCUUUGAAUGAGAAAAUUAGGAGGCAGUUAGGAAUGUCUCCAUGGGCUUCAACAGGUUGUGUCAUUCAGUUUUCAAGCUCCUAGAUCUUGUUUUACUUAUUCUUGUCAAACCAAAGAAUAAGGUGCGAGGUUGAGUUUUCGGUUUUGUAGGCAAAAAGCUGUAAUUGUAUUAACGUAACUUUUGUAUUUCAGCUUCUUUAGGGUAGAUAACUGCAGAGCUGUUAACAGGUCUUGACUUUAUGUAAGUAGGGAUUUCAGUGUAUUA